UGUGAAAGGUGUUAGGUCCGGUGGGGAGUUAAAGGGCCUGGAGAAUCCCUUGAGGAACGUUCAACAGAAAACAUACCAGGGGCAGACGAUUCACAUCUGCCGUGAUGAGGCCGCAGAAAACCCAUCGUGAAAAUUAGUAUCAAUGUGGACGGAGCUGCAGAGGAGUGGAGCUUUGAGGGAGGACCAGCGAGAGGACCAACACACAGUCAACGCGACAAACCGUGGGCCCUUCUUCUUAUCGGCUGCCAGUGCCCCAGGGCGGCCUGCAGGAGGGAGGGACGCAGACAGCAGUUGCACUGGGCAGGGAGAUAAAGCAGGGCUCAAAUCCAGCAGCCGGAGUCGGCUCCUCGGCCAGAUGCAAUGGAAGAAGAUCGCAGGCAAACUAAAUAUGCCCUCAGCGAUGAAUGCAAACAGAGCAGUGCAGUCUGCCAGCCCAGAUGUGGGAUCCGCUCCAGGGUUUAUGGGCAAUUUUCAACUUGGUGGACAGUCAGAAGUCCUGAAGCAAGUGCUGUGUGUCAUCGACAAGAAGGUCCGCAACAUGGAGAAGAAAAAAGGCAAACUGGACGAUUAUCAAGUCAGGAAGGAUAAAGGGGAGCGACUCAAUCAGGACCAGCUGGAGGCGCUCUCCAAAUUCCAGGAGAUCACGUAUAACUUGGAAUUCGCCCGAGAGUUGCAGAAGACUCUCAUUGCCCUGGGACAAGACAUCCAGAAGGUGGUGAAGAAGUCUGCACGACGGGAGCAGCUGCAGCGCGAGGAGGCAGAGCAGAGGAGACUGAAGACGGUUCUGGAGCUGCAGUUCAUCCUGGACCGACUGGGAGACGAGACUGUGCGACAGGACCUGAAGCAGGGAGUGGGUGGAUCACCACUGCUGACGGAUGCAGACCUCGCAGCUUUUGACGAGUUUUACAAAUUAGUGGGGCCAGACCGUGAUCAAAAUGUCAGGUUGGUCGACCAGUACGAAGAAGCAUCUGUGCACCUCUGGGAUCUGCUGGAGGGAAGGGACAAGGCUGUGGUUGGAACAACAUACAAGGCACUGAAAGAGACUUUGGACCAGGUUCUGCUGAGCAGUUACUUUGACAGGUCUCAGUCUCAUCAAAAUGGAGUGUGUGAGGAGGAAGAAGAGGAAGAGCCAGAGGCAGCGGUGGCGGCGGCGGCAGCAGCAGCAGCAGCAGCAGCAGCAGCAGCAUCAGCAACAGAAGCAGCAACAGAAGCAGCAGCAAUAGCUGCUGAAUCGUCAGAAGCAGAAGAGCAGACUGUUGAUCCAGAAACUGAAAUAAUUGAGGAGUUUAUUGAGCCCAUUGCAGUUGAAACAACAGAGUUUGUAAAUAGACAGUUCAUUCCAGACGGCACAUACAGUGGAAGUGAGAAGGAGCAGGGAGAUGAGUGGACCACGGAAACAGAGGCUGUUGAUGCCAUGCAGCAGCAGCCUGUGCAGCCUGCGACUUCCCCUGUUGCCUUGGAGACCCACCCCAUGAACUUAGCAUCUCCUGUGCCUCCUGCCGACCCCUUGGUUAGGAAGCAGGUGGUGCAGGACUUAAUGGCACAGCUGCAGGGAACGUACAACUUCAUGCAGGACUCCAUGCUGGAUUUUGAUGGACAGCCGGUCGACCCCGCCAUUGUAUCGGCACAGCCCAUGAAACCUGCUCAGAACAUAGACUUAACACAGAUGGUGUGUCCUCCCGUUCACCCAGAGUCCCGGCUAUCGCAACCCAACACAGUUCCUGUCCAACCUGAGCCCACGCAAGUCCCCGUCGUCUCCCCAACACCGCCCCCCAUGUAUCAGACCUCGCACACGCCAGAUCCUCGACCUCCAACAGAAUCUAUCGAUCCCAUCCAGACCUCGAUGUCCUUGUCAUCCGAUCAGCCUCCCCCCUCUACAGCUCUCCCCCCUGCCUCUCAGACGCAGGUGUUCCAGCCCGUUUCCAAAACUCCUCACAGCAGUGGCAUCAACGUCAACGCAGCACCAUUCCAGUCCAUGCAGACAGUGUUCAACCUCAAUGCCCCGGUCCCACCAGCUAAUGAGACAGAGGCUUUGAACCAGGCCAGCCAAUACCAGAACAGCUACACCCAGGCCUUCGGUAGCCAGUCACCGCAUCCUGUGGAGCAGACGGACAUGCAGGCAGAACAACUGCAGACAGUAGUUGGUGCUUUCCAUUCCCAAGACCAGUCAGGAGGCCAUCCGCAGCCUCCCCAGCAGGGCCCGGGCUUCGGCAGGCAGGGUCAGUCCUUCUACAACAGCAGAGGCAUGUCUCGUGGUGGCCCCCGGAACGCCAGGGGCAUGAUCAACGGCUACAGAGGCUCAUCAAACGGAUUCAGAGGUGGUUAUGAAGGUUAUCGUCCACCUUUCAACAACACUCCAAACUCUGGUUAUGGACAGACCCAGUUCAACACACCUCGUGAUUACUCGAAUGGGAAUUAUCAGAGAGAUGGUUACCAGCAGAAUUACAAGCGCGGAGCUGGUCAGGGGCCCCGGGGAGUGUCGAGAGGCAGCACUCAGGCAAUGCGAUCCUGAAAAAGGCCUUUCAUAAUGACUGUGACUGAUUAAAAUUUCACCACACAGAAAAUUCAGAAUUCAAGAAUGCAUUUGCCCCAGCUCACUCAUGUUCUCUUUGUUUUUUCUUCAUCAGUGGUAUUUUUCCUGUUUCUUCAAUCAAAGUAAUGCCUGCUUUGAUAUUUGGAAAUAUUAAAAUCAUUUAAAGUCUAAAACACAAGGUAAGCUGUAAAUCCAAUCAUCGAUUUACACAUGCCAUGUGUUACAAUAUUCCUGUAAACUUGAAAGAUUUCAUAAGUUAUUUUUUUGUAUAAAAAAUGCACCUGCCACUGCUGGUCCAAUCCUUGGGAGUUUAUUCCCUUUCUCAGUUCUUUUCUGUCAUUUUGAUUCAAAAAAAGAAAAGCGUUUUAUGUUCAAUGAGCUCCCGUUUUCUUGUUUGUAAAUUGAUGUUGCUUCAACAGUUUCAAUAAAGUUGUGUUGCAUA